UAGCGGUAACUCGGGGUUACGGGCCCGGUUACGCGUCCCCACUGCCUCGGAGAUCUGGGUUUGGACCAAUGGGCGGCUGCGCGUGAGCCGGGCACGUGACCCCGGAGCGGCCGCGGCGGAGCCCAGCGGAGCGCCGUGGCCGCCCCCUCCCCCCCCGCCCCCGGUCUCCGCGUUCGGCCGCAGCCUCCAGUCGCCCGGGGCAACGCUCCGUCCUGGCGCCGCGGCUGGUGGUGCGGACCGUGCCCGCGGGGCCGCCGGGGCCUGCUCUCCCUCUAGCGCCGUGCGCAGCCGGCCGCCGGCCCGGGGCCUUCGCGGGGCGCCGUCCUCAGGUGCUCGCCCCUCCGGCGAGGGACCGGCCAGUGACAAGACAACACUGGGCCUCUGCAGUCUCUCCCCCGGUAUUCUUGGGUUGUUCUGGCCUGUCCACAUUGUUUCUGUAGCUUUCGUGGCUCUGGAUGGCUAGUGAAGAGGGAUGUUCAGUCUAAUGGCCAAUUGCUGCAGCUGGUUAAAACGGUGGCAGGAACCUGUCAGGAAGGUGACCCUAAUAAUGGUGGGCCUUGAUAAUGCUGGUAAAACUGCUACAGUCCGGGGAAUUCAAGGAGAGUCUCCUGAAGACGUGGCUCCAACAGUCGGGUUUUCCAAGAUUGAUCUUAAACAGGGACGCUUUGAAGUCACCAUCUUUGAUUUAGGAGGUGGAAAACGAAUUCGAAAUAUCUGGAGAAAUUACUAUGCUGAGUCCUACGGUGUAAUAUUUGUUGUGGAUUCCAGUGACAUUGCAAGAAUGGAAGAAACAAAGCAAGCCAUGACAGAAGUUUUAAACAGCCCUAAGAUAUCAGGAAAGCCUGUGUUAGUGCUGGCAAAUAAGCAGGACAGAGAAGGAGCUCUGUCAGAAGCAGAUGUAAUUGAGUCCUUAUCUCUGGAAAAGCUUGUCAAUGAACACAAGUGUCUAUGUCAAAUUGAACCUUGCUCAGCUAUCAUGGGCUGUGGGAAAAAAAUUGAUAAAUCCAUAAAAAAGGGCUUAUAUUGGCUUUUACAUAUUAUAGCAAAAGAUUUUGAUGCCUUAAAUGAGCGCAUCCAAAGAGACACUACAGAACAAAAAGCAUAUGAAGAACAAAAGAAACAAGAACGAGCUGAGCGAGUGAGGAGGAUACGAGAAGAAAGGGAAAGAGAAGAAGGAAGAAGUGCACCUGAUGAGGAAGAUGCUGAGCCUGGGAACUCUGAAAACCCCUUCCAGCCUAUAUCUGCUGUAAUCUCUGAGAAUGAAAAGCAAAUUGAAAAGGAAAAGAAGCGGCAAAAAUUGGAGACUGAAAAGGCUACGAUUGUCUUGAAAUCACAAACAGAGCAGGAACAAAUGGAUGUCCAGCACUUACCAAGUAGCAGUAGCCAAAAUACAAAUGAUAGUAGACUAGAAGCAUGCAAUUCUACAACUACCCAGCUUUUGCAGCAUGACAAAGAGAGUGAGCAGCAAGCCUCAGAAUGCCUUGACUCAGAUAACAGUAAGAAAAAAAAUAAAAAACCAAAAUUAAAAAGGGGCCACAGAGUAGAACCUAUUAAUGCAGAGGACACUGUUCCCAAAAAUCCUACACCACCAGCAGCUCUUCCACCAGUUGGCUGGGGAACUCCCAAACUUAAUAGACUUGGAAAACUUGAGCCUCUUGGUGAAACACAUCAUGCUGAUUUCUAUGGAAAGCCUCUGCCCCCGCUGACUAUACGCCAAAGACCCAACAGUGAUACCCAUGAUGUCAUUGCUUAACUGGAUCACAAAUAGCAUUUAAAAUGCAUUAUAAAAAAAUUAUAUCAGAAACGUUUUUUGCCCUGGAAGGAAAAUUUUAAAGGACAGUCUAUCAGCUUGUUGCAAAAUAACUUGGUGACAAUUAAACAUGGAGUUAAUUCUGUCGUACUUAGUUGAUCAGACUUUGUCAUUUACUUUCCACAUCACCAGCUCUUCUUCAGGAUUUAGCAUGAAAUCAAGAAAGGUCUAUGUGUGCGUGGAUGCUCAUAUGAACACGGUAUUGAAUAUUUGUUGGGCUUACUUGUGAAAACACAUAUCUGUAAACCUGAAGGAAAAUACCUUCAAGAUCACAUAGUACUGGAUUGUAUGUUCUCACCAAGACCUCUCUCCAGGUGCUGCACAGUGGUUGGUAUUUUUGCAGCUAAUAAAUGGUUCUAAAGCAUUUUGUAAGAUUCAUGUAUGAUAGAGUGAAUAUAGGAAGGUUAUGCAACAAAUAUUGAGUAUAUUUUUCUAACUUUUUAUAAAAUUAUUUGGAAGUUUGAGUGGACGCACAUAUGUACUACCAAUAAAAUGUUACCUAGAAAGCAUUAGAAAGCUGAUAGUCAAAUGCAUACGAGUAUGUUUGACUCUUACGUUUCUCUUACAGGAACAAUACCUCUUAUUAGGGAUUAUAUUACCAGAUGUGUAUUCCAUAUUUCUGGCAAGCUGAAGGGCGAGGAAGGUCAAAACAGAAGUUUAAGAUGAAUACAUUUUAUACAAAAUCAUGCUAUUUGAAUUGUCUGAAAGUUUUAUUACAUGUUGUUUGUUUUGUUAACUGAGUUUGGCAUAGGUAAAAAAUGCAGUUGGAGAAGCAGCCAAAUAUUGUAUUGUCUAUUACAUCAUACAAGAAGAUUGCACAUCGUGCAAGUUUUGCACUAAUUCAGUCAUCAAUUCUGAUGGAAAACUGAAUCAACCAGUAUGCACAUAAGCUCCAGCACUUUUUAAUCUCAAUAAUACUAAAAUACCAUCUUGAAAACAAAAGAAAAUCCAUAUUUUUAAGGACUUACGUAAUAUUUCCAUCUAAUGUAUUAAUUUUACAUUUAAAAAAAAUCCCAUACAAGUGAUUCAAAACCAACAAGGGUUACAAUUGGAUAUAUUUCUAUUUAAAUGUUCUAUAUGUGCUCGUCUUCCUCUUAUAUUGGAGAAAACCAUUGUUAUAUUGUGUAAAGGUAUAUUGUUAUGCCACUUAGUUAUAGCAAGUAUGAAAACCCCAUUCAAAGGUUUUUUGUAGAAGCAGUACUUGAUGAUUUUCUAUUACGCUCUCAGUCUUCCAUAACAUGUUACGACUAGAAGAUUUUAGUAGGUGUUAAAACAAUGCAGUAUAGUCAGCCUUUUGACAUUAGAAAACUUUACCAUAUACCCCUUACAGCAAUGAGUUACAGAAAUAAACAUCUACCAUAUUAAUCGAAAUGAAAUUAUUAACUAAGACUUUUAAAGAGUAUGGCUGGGGGGUGGAAUCAGUCUUAAGAGUAUUAAGUUUGGAAUGGGUGGAGAGGAAUAUUCCAAGUUUGGUAGUUUAGCGUAAGGGUGAAGCAAUCUGUAUGUGACUGUCAGCAUGAGAAUACUUUUGUUGUAUUCUAAUAACGUAACGUGGUUCAGUUUGAUUAUUCUCAGGAUUUAGUCAUUUUCACUUUAAACAAACACAAUAUUAAAUGGACGGGGGGGUUGCAUAAAAGUUUAUUUGUGCAAUCUCAAUUUUACUAUCUUUAGCUGUGUUGCCACUUACAUUUUUUGGCUUAAAGGCUCUAAAUUUGCAGGCUUAUUUUUUUAUAUCUUCAGUUUCUAGAAAUUUAUUACCCUUUUAUUUUAACACUAAUCUAAAAUAAAUUAAUAGAAGUCUUUAUUAAAAAUAAAGCUAAACACUGCUGUGGAAGCAAAUUUGAGAAACUGAAAUGGAAGAUGUUGAUACUUAUAUGUGAAAUGUUUAUUAUGCGUGUUGUGUGUGCGAACACAUGUAUUGGUUUUGUUUCUGCUUUUGAAAUAAAUUUUACCAAUAUGUGACCAAAGCACUAAAAAAUGUUUCACAGGUUUUUUUAUUAAUAGGCUCUGUAAUUAUUUACUACAGUAGAUUUUUUCAGUAAUUUAUACUACCUUGAAUUUUUAUUUGUUCAAGAUGGCAUUUAUAUAUAGAAUAAAACCAAAGCACAGCAUCAAUGUGUUUCC